AUGUUCAUCUCCGCCGUUCUCUACCUGGUCAUCUUCCACGCCCUGCUACCCUUAUAUCGACGACACCGCGCCCGCUACUCCCAGUACCUCCCGCUCCAGUCCGGCUCGCUGUCGUCGCACCUGCCGGAAUCAUUACAACCGUCCAGCCUUCGGGACAGCCUGUCGACGCUGAUGUACCGCCUCUUCCUGCCCUCGACCUGGGCCUUCCGCAACCGGUUCCGCCGUCCCGAGAGCGUGGUCAAUACCGACGCCGAGCUGUUCGAUGAGGAAUCCGGCGAGGCCAUGGUCGGCUUCGACGUGCAGGAGCGCAGUCGGCGCCGGGAUGGGAUGGAACGCCAACUUGCAAAUAUGCAUGCCGCCACCAGAACCGUAAGCCGUUCGACCCUUCCCGAACCGGACUCGAACCGCCGGUUGAGCCGCGACUUGGAGGAAGGCUUUCGCGACGAUAGUGAAGAUGAAGGCGAGGGCGGAGCACAUGCUGUCGCGGGAGGCCAGAGAUGA